GUCGACCCUCGGUCUCUCUCGGAGAAGAAAAGUCGUGUGUGGAGGUGGCGUGUCCGAGUGGCUUUGAUUUAGCCGGUGAAUACGGUGUGAUAAUGGCGGAUACGGUGGCACUUUUCACUUCCAUUGGGCUCAGUGAGCAGAAAGCGAAAGAAACGCUGAAAAAUGAAGCGCUGAGUUCCGCCCUGAGAGAAGCAAUCAUUCAGGCCCAGCGUGUCCGUGGGGCAUCAGGAGUGGACAAAGCCAUGGGUACAUUACUGUACAAUGUGGCCUCUCGUCUUAAAGACACCAAACGCCUGGCAUUCCUCUCAGACAGUAUAGCUCAGUGCAAAAUCUGCACAGAGCUACAGCUGGCAGCUGCACUGGAAUUUGUGAAGAGUCAUCCUCAGGACCCCAUCAACCAGAAGGCGUUUGAAGAGGCAUGUGGAGUGGGUGUGGUCAUCACACCAGAGCAGGUUGAAGAUGCAGUGGAGUCAGUGAUCAAGAAGCACAAGGAGCAGCUGUUAAAGGAGAGGUACCACUUCAACAUGGGACUGCUAAUGGGAGAGGCACGCUCUGCCCUGAAAUGGGCUGAUGGAAAGGUUGUAAAAAACGAAGUGGACAUGCAGGUCCUGCACCUGUUAGGACCCAAGACAGAGGCCGACCUGGAGAAGAAACCUAAGCCCCAGAAGGCCAAAGUCGCAGAGAAUGAGGUAAAGGCGAAGAAGGAGGAUGUGGCAGUGAAUGGUGAGGUGAUGUCUGGCGAGGGAAAGUCGCUAAUGGAGCAGCUCAGAGGAGAAGCACUGAAGUUCCAUAAACCAGGAGAGAACUAUAAGACUGAGGGCUAUGUGGUCACACCGAAAACAAUGGAAUUGCUUAAAAAGCACUUGGAGUUCACUGGAGGGCAGAUUCGGACACGUUUUCCUCCUGAGCCCAAUGGUAUCCUUCACAUUGGACACGCCAAAGCUAUCAACUUCAAUUUUGGCUAUGCAAAGGCAAACAACGGGAUUUGUUUCUUGAGGUAUGACGACACCAAUCCAGAAAAAGAGGAGGAAAAAUACUUCACUGCUAUCAAGGACAUGGUGGAGUGGCUUGGCUACAAACCGUACAAAGUCACGCACGCAUCGGACAACUUUCAGCAACUCUACGACCUCGCUGUGGAUCUUAUUCGCAGGGGUCAUGCGUAUGUGUGCCACCAGAAAGGGGAGGAACUGAAGGGCUAUAACGCUCCUCCAUCCCCCUGGAGAGACCGACCCAUUGAGGAGUCCCUGGUGUUGUUCGAGAGGAUGAAGAAGGGGAUAUUUGCUGAGGGAGAGGCUACGCUCAGGAUGAAGAUGGUCAUGGAGGACGGGAAGACGGACCCCGUGGCAUACCGGAUCAAGUACACGCCGCAUCACCGGACAGGAGAUGAAUGGUGCAUUUACCCCACUUACGACUACACCCACUGUCUGUGUGACUCUAUUGAAAACAUCACACACUCACUGUGUACCAAAGAGUUUCAGGCCAGGCGUUCAUCAUACUUCUGGCUGUGUAAUGCUCUGGAUGUGUACUGCCCUGUGCAGUGGGAAUAUGGCCGCUUGAACCUCACCUACACUGUUGUGUCAAAGAGGAAAAUCAUCAAACUGGUAGAGAGCGGCGUUGUCAGAGAUUGGGACGAUCCCCGACUCUUCACUCUGACUGCGCUGAGGAGAAGAGGUUUCCCACCAGAGGCCAUCAACAACUUCUGUGCACGGGUCGGAGUCACAGUUUCCCAGACGACGACAGAGCCCCACCUCCUGGAGUCGUGUGUGAGGGACGUGUUGAACGACACGGCACCCAGAGCCAUGGCUGUGCUGGAACCACUCAAAGUCACCAUAACCAACCUUUCUGAGAGCUCAAAGUCAGAUGUGCGAGUGCCAGACUUCCCUGCCAACGAGGCCAAGGGCAGCCACACAGUCCCAUUUACACGCACAGUCUUUAUUGAACAGAGCGACUUCAGAGAGGUGAUGGAGAAGGGCUACAAGCGCCUGACCCCAGAACAGCCUGUAGGUUUGAGGCAUGCUGGUUACGUCAUCUCUGUCCAGAGGGUCAUCAAGGAUGCUCAGGGUAAAGUGGUGGAGCUGGAGGUGAGCUGUUGCAGUUCUGAGACGGCAGAGAAACCAAAGGCCUUCAUCCACUGGGUCAGCCAGCCGUUGGUGUGUGAAGUGCGCCUUUAUGAGCGACUAUUCCUGCACAAACAUCCAGAGGAUCCGUCUGAAGUGCCCAAUGGCUUCCUGAGUGACAUCAAUCCUAAUUCCCUGCAUGUAAUCAGCAGUGCCUUAGUGGAUACCUCAGUGAAGGGAGCAAAAGUUUUUGACAAAUUCCAGUUUGAGAGAGUCGGCUACUUCUCCGUGGACCCCGACAGCACCGCAGAUAAGCUCAUUUUCAACAGAACAGUCACCCUCAAAGAAGACCCAGGAAAGAUCUGAUUGACUUGAGGUCAAGCUGCACUUCCUGCUUCCCAAGAGCCCACAGAAACAUGUCCAAAUUGUUUGCAUCACUUGAAAUGUAAUAUCAGCGAGGGCACAGACUGCUCAUUCUGAGAUUGACUCAGAAUCAGAUACUGUAAUAAUUACAAGUCCAUAUUUUUUAACUGCGGUUCUCUUUCACAGAUCUGACUGAAAUUGGAAAAUAUAAUUCUAUGUCUUAACUGUGAAAACAAAAUUACUACAGUAUCACUGUGCUCAAUCUCAACCUCGGUCAGCCAGUGCCAGAGUCCUGUCGACUCUCUUCUAAUCUGCUGCAUUAAUAUUCACUUGCAGUGUUUCUUCUUUGUUGAAUGUAUGCAACUCUGUUUACUGUUCAACAGUGACCUCAUGUAAGAUGACUUCACAUUGGCUCUCAGCUGGUGUUAGAUGAAGGAGAUGCUCUCAAAUGCCAUUCAUGAAUUUCUUACAAAGGUGGUAGAUCACUGCCAUACCAUCAUGUGUGUGUUUUUUUUAAGACUCAGAGGGGUGUACAUGUGUCCUUUUGACAGGAGACAAUAAAUAAUAUGAAAAAAAUCUGCAAUGUCUAUGUUAAUAAACUGAAGUUUCUGAGGCUGAUGUCAA